CAGAACUUGCACUGGGUUUUACCCUAAUUUUCCAUAAGAGACAUAUAAGGCUUUUUUCUGCCUUGAAGUACUACCGUGAGUUGGUCAAAAAUAUUGUUGGUAACUAAAAGUUGAGGUGAAUAUUUCAGUUUCUUUUCUGAUGGUCUCAACUUAUUCAGGGUGAGCUGCUAGUCAUGCCAAACAGGUUAAGCUUGAUCAGAAAGCCUACCGAAGCAGUAUAUUGUGAUGUGUUCCUGUCAUUGUCCCACAGUAUUUGUUUGCCUCAGAUGUAUUUGUAUAGCCUUACAUGGGUAUGUUAAGUUUCAGCAUACCAUUUGACUUACCAAGAGAGCAAUUAAGCCCUAGUCAGGCUCUGCAGACUAAUCAGGCAUGAAGCGAUUGCUUUUGGUUUUGUUUUGGCCAACAAUAAAAUGCCAAAUCUCCUUCCAUUUCCUCCACAGUUUGCAGACAACUUCUCAUGAAGAAGGGACAGGUCUGUUACCUUGCCUAGCAGCAAUCUGUUACAAAGCACUUCAGAAACAGAGCUCUAAAGAAGCAGGAAGAGCGAAACAGAAGUUAUCAGGAUCAGCACCAUGGAGAACUGUUGAUUCUCCUGACACAAAAGGCUUUGCUUUCUCACACUCUUUAUGGCCAUCUCACUCUUGGUUGUAUGAGAAGAUGAACACAGGUGAGAAACACGUGAUAAAAACAACUUGGCGCAAAACAACCAUCAGUGAAAUAGAAGAUGGGCUAGCAAGAUCCCGGGGAAACAGGCAUCCCAUCAGAAGACCAAACAAGGAAGAUCUCCUGGAAUUCUACCUCCGUAGGCAGGAUGACAUCUUCACUCUGCCAUGUCCCAGCUCCUUGAGGAGAGACAUCGAAGUACUUCAGUGUUUCAUGAAGAUGCACGAACCACCUGGAGAUGUCAUCCGGGAAGAAGUUGUUAUUGAGACUGAAGUUACUGAAAUAGAGAAGAAAAAUAAUCUCACUGAAGCUGCGAACCAAAUGCAAGAAUAACAAAUCACCAGCUAGAAGAGCUGUAAAAAAAAAAAUAAAAGGCAAUUUUCCAGAUUGUGAGUAUGACUGUGUGGGUGACACAGUUGCCAAAUACAAAAUUCUGUUGUCAAUGAUCACAAGACUCUGGUGGGGGGAACACAAAAAUAACUAUUAACAACUAUUAACUAUUGUAAAAGUAUUUCUGCUUGAACAUAAUGCUCAUCUAUAAUUUUGGAGAGAUGUACUCUAUUAGCUAAGAGAUGUACCAAUUCUAUCUGUGUGAAAAUAGAAUAAAAUUAUGAUUUAAAAAAAUUAUUUAAAAAAAAAUUAUCUUUGUAACUCAGUAAUUGUAAAGAGCAGUUGAAACUACAAUACUAUAUUAAUAUUUUUGUUCUCAGUUCUGUAAGACCAUUUAGGGUGUUUGUUUAUCAUAACAUACAAUAUCUUGUCAAUCACAAUAAACUGUGCUCUUUGCUUCUUGUAUAAUAUUCAUAAGGCUGCAUUACCUCAAAGCAAGGCGAUUGGAUUGGAUUGGAUACCUGUGGCUAAGUCCAAACCAUGGGGGUCAGUUCCUGGGUUUUGUGUGUAUCCAAACUUUGCCAGGGUGACUGAGAUGACUGUCAUGUA